AUGUCAACCCCCCAGUCCCGUGCCAAAUCCCUAACACUCCUCAACCUCUCAUCCAUCUUCGGUCAGAAAGACGUUCCCACACGUAUGCAAGCCAUCGCCGAUCUCUGGGUACCAAGCGCAGAUGUGCUGUUUGUAGAUGCACUAGGUGUUUUCAAGUCACACGAGGCCAUUAGUGAAAUGGUGGACAAAAUACAAAGUAUGGGCGAAGCAGGCGAUGAGUUUGUUGCUCUAGGUAAGCUUUCAGGUCGCAAUGAGCUCUUGACUGAUGAGAAGAACUGA